AAAGAAAAAACACAACUACUUCCGGGUCGGGCUUUGAGUUCUUAAGGUAGUCUGAACGAGUGACGGAGAAAAGUGAAAUUUUUAGUCUGAGGGUCUCUCAACGGUCACACUUGUGAUUACGUCACGCUUUCAAUGUGUCGUCACCUGCACAGACACGUUCCUGAGAACGACACAGGACCAGGAUCUGAACUCAGGACCAGGAUCUGAACUCAGGACCAGGAUCUGAACUCAGGACCUCCAGGUGUCGCAGUGUCACAUUCACACUGUGAAGAUGAAUCUGUGCGACGCUCAGUCAGAAGUGAAGCUGCUGCUGAGCAAAGUGAAGCCGUCUGAACUCCACAAACUCUUCAACUGGAUCAGAACCUCAGACGAGCUGGACGAGCUGCUGUCAGACAACAGGAAGGUGAUUCUACGUCACAUCUCAGCCGAGCUGAGGGCAGCGCUGCCUCUGGACGCCAUGUUACCCUCUGAGAGUACUGCGUACUGUAAGAUGCAGCAGCGCUCGCGGCCCACUGUUCACGUGGACAGCUUCUUGUACAAUGAAGAUCAGGUGGACUCUCUGUGUGAGGAGGGAAUCUUUAGUCGGUCCUACUGUCUCACCUGUGGAUCCUACAAAACAGCACCUUUGGACUUCAUCUCUCACUCGUUCUCCAUCUCAGAGCUUCAGUUCCUGUUUGAGAACGUUCUCCCAGACCUCAGCGGUCGGCUGCUGGUGGACGUGGGCUCCAGACUGGGAGCUGUCCUGUACGGGGCUCAUGUGUUCAGCUCGGCCUCUCAGCUCGUCGGAGUCGAGCUCAGUGAAGAGUUUGUCAAACUGCAGAAUGACAUCAUCAGGAAAUACCAGCUGACUGACCGGAUACAGGUUCUCCACUCUGAUGUGUGCCUGCAGGACGCUCUGCUGCAGAACGCAGAUGUUCUCAUCAUGAACAACGUAUUCGAGUUCUUCAUGGAACCAAGAGAACAAGUCAGGUGUGUGUGUGUGUUCAGGGCAUGGAGGUUCAUCAUGGAGAACUUCAGGAAGAAAGGAUCUCUGCUGGUCACAAUCCCCAGUCUUCAGGAGAGUCUGAGCACUAUUCAGCAGGAGGUGUUGCAGCCCAGCUGGGUGGAAGAACUUCCUGUGGAUUAUGAUGUUUACCUGGACAGAGACACAGACCCUGAUGCUCUCAGACAGAUCCAUCUGUACAGGGUCAUCUGACCUGAACCAGAAUGGUUUAAAGGUGGGCAGGGUUCUAAAGUCUGGACCAGUUCUGUUUCUGGACCAAGCAGCUCCUCAUGAGUCCUUCAGUCUGAACAUAAAGUCCGUCCUCAGUUCUUGGGAACUGGGUUCAAACUGAAUCAGGUGGAACCGUCCUCAUGAUGUUUGUGUGAAUCAGUUUCAGGUCUGAUUGAUGACCAUCCUCUAUUUCACCUCGACACAGGCCAGCUGUUAGCAUGUUAGCAUCAGUUUCAUCAGUUAGCUACACAACAGUUAAAGUCGGCUCUGUGUGACAACUAGUGAGCUGCAACCUGUUUUUAAUUUAAUGAUGAAAACUUUGUAAACACUGAUGUUAGCACAAGGCUAAUUCAGCACUGAAGAACUGCUGCAUUUGGCUCCUGGUUGCUGUGAUGCCACUCUGAUCAUGUUGUCAUGGAGAUGUGUUUAUGUAUCGAUCCUCCUUUCUGAAGAUGGAGCUGUGGAACCAAACGGAUCCUGACAGGUCCAGAUAGGUUUGACUUGUGUCAGUUUGUAAUAAAGAGCAGAAAAGAUAAAAGUGA